GGGCGCGGCACCUCUAGUCGCAUCGGUUCAGCAGCGGAGCGAGACGCCAUGUCCGGCCGUGGCAAGAGCGGCGGUAAGGCCCGUGCUAAGGCCAAGUCUCGCUCGUCGCGGGCUGGGCUGCAGUUCCCGGUAGGGCGCGUUCACCGACUGCUGCGGCGCGGGCACUACGCGGAACGGGUGGGAGCUGGUGCGCCCGUCUAUCUGGCUGCCGUGCUCGAGUACCUGACCGCUGAGAUCCUGGAGCUCGCGGGCAACGCGGCACGCGACAACAAGAAGACGCGCAUCAUCCCCCGUCACCUGCAGCUAGCGGUGCGCAACGACGAGGAGCUCAACAAGCUGUUGGGCGGCGUUACCAUCGCGCAGGGCGGCGUCCUGCCCAACAUUCAGGCCGUGCUGCUGCCCAAGAAGACCAGCAAGAGGGGCAGUGGGCAGCAGUCGCAGGAGUACUAGGCCGGCCGGCCAUCCCGGCCCAACUCAAAGGCCCUUUUAAGGGCCACCCCAUUGCUCACUGGGAGAGCUGCGAUCCGCGGAGGAGGGAAGGGGACGAGAGGCGUGGCUGGGGGGGAAGGGGGGGAAGCGGCCCGGGAUCAGUCAAAAACUAAGCGUGAGAGCUGCUCCGUAAGGACCCGUUAUUUUAACUCUUACCUACAUCUGGUACAUUCAGUGGACGUUGCCUAGAAAAUAAAACUGCUUUAUUUACGAAACAGGA